GUGAGAUGCUCGUCACAAAGAUGGCGUCCUCCUCUGCGUAAUGCCAGAUAAACAAAAGAAUAUGAGAAAAAAAUCACAUAAUGUCUCAGCGACAAGAUUAAAUGUUUGGUCUUUGAAUGUCUGGUCACUGCUGAUAAAUAAUAAGCAGCCUUCGAGGGCACCAUGGAUAUGAGCAGCGCCUACGGAGGCUCCUACACGGAUAAUCUUAUUGGGACUUUACUUGCCAUUUUUGGAAAUGUGCUUGUCAGCAUCUCCCUCAGUAUUCAGAAAUAUAGCCAUGUGACGUUGGCAGGAACUAAGGACCUGCGGUCCUUCUACCGCACCAAAACUUGGUGGUGUGGUUUUGUACUGACAUGCCUCGGGGAAGGAGCCAACUUCAUUUCUUAUGCCUUCGCCCCCCUCGCACUGGUAGCACCUCUAAACGCUGUGUCAGUACUUACAAGCUCAAUUUUGGGCCUUAUUUUCCUGCGUGAGAAAUCCAAGCCAAAGGACUUUGCAAAGCGCUAUGGGCUGUCCUUCCUGGGCUGUCUCCUAACUAUAGGAGGAACAUAUCUAUUUGUAGCAUUUGGACCAAACUCUCAUGAAAAACUCAAAGCAGAGAACAUUGUGAAUCACCUUGUAGGAUGGCCUGUUCUCUUGUAUCUGCUCCUGGAGAUCAUCACGUUCUGCCUGCUUUUAUACUUCUACAAACAGCGCAAUGCUAACUCCCUCGUUAUUAUUCUGAUGCUGGUCGCUCUAUUGGGCUCGGUCACAGUCAUCACAGUGAAGGCGGUGUCAGGCAUGUUGGUUCUCACAUUCGAGGGCACCAUGCAGCUGGACUACCCGAUCUUUAGUGUCAUGUUUGUGUGUAUGGUGGCUUCAGUGGUCUUCCAGGCUAGAGUCAAGUUUCUAAUCCUCUGCCAAGAGUCGGUUUCACUCACCAUCCUGCAGAGCGACCAUCAAUCCCCUCGUCAAUUGAACAAACCUGCAUACCAGAGCACUUGUGAAGAUGUGCACAUCUUUUUGUACGGGGCUUGUGAGGAACUGGACAUCCAUCUUGAGUGUGAAUCUGUUCUGGUAAAUCAGACUUACAUUUCCCUGGCCAACGUGUGCAAAGUAUCUCUCACCUACAAGAGUGAGAUCCCUCUAAAGUACUGUUGGACGACAUGGCCCAGCCUGCAAGAGGAGACCUUGAGCUUCUUGAGGGAGAGCUCAUCACUCCAACAGGAGGAGGAGGAGGAGAGAAAACGGUGGCUUGUUCAGUGUGAGUCCGACCCCACAGCGAUCUAUCGCCUCCCACAGCUGUCGAAAGCCCUGCAAGAACGCAGAAGCCAGUUAGUGGAGGACCAACGCCUGGUCCUCUCACACAGCUGCUUAACUCUGGAACCAGCGGAGGGUGAAAUCUGGCCUAAAACGCCAGCGCAGUUCAACAUUAUCUUCAAACCCGACGAGGCCAAGCUGUACCAACAAACCAUAUAUUGUCAUGUCACAGGUCGUGAAGCUCGGCUGCCUCUCACAAUAAAAGCACAGGGCUUGGGACCUAACCUCCAACUCACUUAUAACCGGAUGGAUAUGAAAAACGUAGACAUUGGUGGCAAAGACUGUUAUGAAGUGGAGAUGUACAACAAAGGGGUGAUUGAUGCCCCUUUCAGGAUGUCAAACCCCGACACCACAUUCGGCCGCUGUUUCUCCUUCAGUCCUGAGGAAGGUGUUGUUUCCUCUGGGGCCUGGCAGAUUGUGCAAGUCACCUUUCAGAGCUGCAUCUUGGGAACUUUCUCUGAGGACUUGCUGCUAACUGUCACAGGACAGCCUCAACCACUUACUGUGACCUUCAGGGGUUGUGUCGUUGCUCCCGCACUCGACUUCAACGUUUCUGAGAUUAAUUUUGGAGACGUAGCUUUUGGUUUCCCUCAAACAUUGGCUUUUACCCUCUACAACACCUCCUUUGUGCCUUUGAACUUUUCCCUGCGUGUCCUGGGAGACGGGAGAGGGUCUCCGAGUGUCACUAGUCUCAAACAGGCGGUUGAGGUGUCAAGGAUCAAUUGGGAAUGCGGUGCUGAUAGAGGCCUUCGUGCACAGCCUGUAGAGUUCACCGUCAUGCCUGCUGCAGGCUCUAUGCGUAGUCUGUCUGAUGUCACUAUUAAGGUGACGCUAUGCUCCAACACAGUGAAGACAUACAGGCUGGCGCUGGUGGUGGAUGUGGAGGGUGUCGGGGAGGAGAUCGGGACUCUGCCUAUCUACGCCAGGUGUUGUGUUCCUGAUAUUGUGGUGGAGACUCCAGUGUUGGACUUUGAAAGGUGUUUCCUCGAUCACCCGUAUGAGCAGCGGGUGCGGCUGACUAACAGCAGCCCUCUGCUGGCCUGCUACGGCAUGCUCGACCAGGAACAUGAGGAAAGUCCGUCAUUGCUUUUUGGCAGUGAUACACCGAGAGGACUGAUUCUUCCUCGUACUUCAGAAGAGCUUCCUGUGGUUCUGCUGGCUAAGGCGGUUGGAAGGCAGCAGCACACUCUACGCAUUGCUGUGUUUGGCAGCAGCCAGCCACCCCUGGAGGUGGUCUUGUCCUGUGUUGGUCAGGGACCAAAAGUUCAUGUUGAGACCCCGAAGCUGGACUUUGGCCGAAUCCCUGUUCUGACUGACAUAACUCGAGUUCUGCACCUGUCAAACGAGUCACCUAUUCCAGCCCACUUCACUGCUCGCAUGUGGGAUAGAGGGUCCUUUGGGCGAGUUGAGCCCAGUGAGGGGGAAGUGCCGCCAGAGAGCCAGCUUGAGCUGAGAGUUGUGGCACACCUGAAGGACACGCAGGACUUCAAGGCCACGCUGGAAAUAUCCAUCCGGGACAGUCAAACACACACUGUCCAUCUCUCGGCCACAGGAACUGGCACCACAAUUGUCAGUGACAAGACUUUUGCACCUGCCCUUGACCUAGGCGCAUACUUCAGCCAUGAGUCAUGCCAGUACCACUUUAAGCUGACCAACCAUGGCAAGCGAGUGCAACGGAUGUACUGGCGCAUUGAUAGCUUCCUGCCCUCUGCAAAAACCCAGAAGGGGGUAAACCCUUCGGACCGGACCGUCCUGCCCCCCAUCUCUGCUCCCAGGAAGAAGGACAUUCUGGGCCGUGGAUCUUCGCUCCCCUCUAGCAGGGAGAAACCGGUGUUCAGCCUCACACCUCUUCGUGCGGAGCUUUUCCCAGGCCACUCCGUUGACAUGGUGCUGACAGGAUCUUCAGACUCUCCCAAGCUUGUACGUGAGCACCUGGUAUGCCAUGGCAUUGUGGGUAACCAGGGCACGAAGGAGCUCAUCAUGUCUGUAGAUGUCACCUGUCACUUUGUGGCUCCUAUGCUCAGCAUCUCCUCCAAGCAGCUGAAAUUCUACAUAGAGAAGGUUCCAGGACAGAGUCUUACGCCCCUAUUUGAGAAGCUGAUCUUAGAGAAUGUGUCAUCUCUGCCUCUGCACAUGGAGCUCUCUCUGGUAGAGCCCUUCUCCCUGCGUGAGGCCUCUGGAGCCCAUAUCAGAGCCACCACCAAGUCCAUGGUUUUAGGUAACGGGAGAAAGGCUGAGUUGUGGGUAUGCUUCGAUCCAUCUUCCUGCCGGGAUCGGGUGUCACAAGUCAUGGAUGAGGUAACAGUGAUGCAUUUUCAUUCUGUAGAAAUAUCGGGUAACACUUUAUGGGCCAAAGCCAUUAGCCAACCAGAGCAGACCAGCUCUUUGAGUCAUGGACAUUCCUCCGUCAUGAUUGCCAAAACCCACCACCCCGGCCGUGUGAUGUCACCCCCUGUGAUGUCAUAA